CGAACGACUCCAACAUGGCAGGCGCCCGGCACGCGACAAGGAUUGACGCUACGCUUCUGGCGACGCGACGUGACGUGAUACGCGAGUCAAUAGUGUAAUUCGGCUCGCGGCUCGCGCUUGGCGACAUCGCGGGCACGAUGGGGAUCUUCUUCUCGAAGAAAAAACAACCGAGCCGCGUCACCCAGCAGGACAAAGCGAUUCUGCAAGUGAAACAGACGAGAGAUAAAAUUAAACAGUACCAAAAGAAGAUUGAGCAAAACUUGGAAAAAGAACGAUUGCUCGCGAAGGAACUUUUGAAAAAUGGAAAGAAAGAUCGUGCGUUACUUUUGUUACGCAAGAAGAAGUAUCAAGAGCAAGUUCUGUCGCGUGCGGACGGCCAGGUAGAAAAUCUUGAGCGCAUGGUCCACGAUUUAGAAUUUGCUCAAGUUGAGAUGAAAGUUUUCGACGGCCUAAAAGUUGGCAAUACCGCGUUGAAGCAAUUACACGCUUUGUUGUCUAUCGAUGAAAUCGAAAAAGUUAUGGACGAGACGAAAGAGGGCAUUGAGAAGCAAAGAGAAAUAGAUGAGAUAUUAACGUCAACGCUUGCUGUGGAAGAGGAAAUUGAUGAAAGCGAGAUUGAGGCAGAAUUGGAUGCACUGAUGGAAGCAGAUAUCAAUGAGAAAGCUCCCGAAGUACCAGAAGACGUUUUAUUACCAGAUGUGCCAAAGAAUUUAACAGAGGAGGAGGAGGAAGAAGAGAAGACGAAAGAAAAGAAACGUACGAAAGAAAAAGUACAAGAGCCGAUUGCACUAAUGGCAUAAAAUCUUCAAGAAAUUAACAAGACUUUUGCUAAAUAACUUUUGUGCAAUAAGCUAUGUAUAUAUGUACAGUAAACGACACAUAUAAUAAGUAUAGUUUAUAAAAUUUUGUCUAAAAAUCAAAAUUUUAGUAUAAAGUGUAAUAACUUUUAACACCUUACUGUAUAUUAUAUAAUAAAAUUAAUUACGCAGUAUACAUUAUCUGAAUAUGAAAGUGCAGUGAUGAGAGACGUGGAUGGAGCAAAUAAACCUAAUUUUUCUAUAUUACAUCUAAUA